CCGUCGCACUAUAGAGUGCGACAUCGCAAAAAAGUUGACCAAGUUUGAAGAUUUGUAGCGCGCGACGAGCGAUUUACUGCGAUCCUAUCUAUAGAUGCGAUGUCGUUAUAAACAAAGAGGAUCUCUUUGGUUAUAAAUAAACGUGCAACGACAUCGAUCCGAGAGUGAUAUUGUCAUUAAAUUAUAAAAUUGCAAUAAAUGGUAAAUAUGCAAUAAAUGAUGUUAGGUUUCGUAAUCGCGCAUCGCGUUUAUAUGAAUAGGUAGAAAAUCCUAUUCUCGCGAUUCGUCGCAUAUCGCGUGUCGCGUCAUCGCGCUGGUGUUACUGAGACUGAGAGAGAGAGAGAGAGAGAGAGAGAGAGAGAUUGCGGUGGAACGAGUUAAACAGUAUUUAGAUCAUGUGCCGACUGAAAAUACAAUGGGCACUAAUCAACCUUACGCGUGGCCUAGUCAAAGUGUUGUGGAAUUAAAAAAGUUGUUUUGAUGUACAGGAACCAUUUAGUGCCAUCGUUGAAAGAGAUAACAUUCGUUACUCGACCAGCGGAAAAAAUAGACGUCGUUGGUCGCACCGGUGCUGGAAAAAGUUCGUUACUAGCUUCGUUGUUUAGACUGACAGAGAUCAGUUCUGGGAGUAUAUUAAUCGACAACGUGAAUAUUCAAACGUUACAACUGAACACAUUAAGAUCCCGUUUAGCAAUUAUACCUCAGAAUCCGUUUCUUUUCUCGGGUACUAAUCGAGAGAAUGUGGAUCCGUUGGAUCAGUAUACCUAUAUGCACAUAUAUACAAAACCUUCGAGAAAUGUAAAGUGCAUUCUUUAG